AUGGGUGGCAACUUUCUCAAAAAGGUCGAAGACCGACCGACUCCCAAAGAGGUAUACAACUGGAAGGUCUACUUUGUUGCUGCGGUGGCCUCGUCGGGCGCGGCGACCAUCGGCUAUGACAGUGCCUUCAUCGGAGGCACGCUGGCACUGACCUCUUUCAGAAAUGAGAUGGGUCUGGACCACAUGGGUACAUCUCGAGUGAAUCUUCUCUCGGCCAACAUUGUGUCGUGCUACCAAGCCGGUGCCUUCUUCGGUUCCUUUCUCGCCUAUCCGGCGGGACACUUCCUCGGUCGCCGUAUAGGGCUUAUGAUCUUUUCUCUGCUCUUUGUCAUUGGCGCUGGUGUGAUGCUGGCAACAGACGCAGGCACCGGAUUUGGGUACCUGUAUGGAGGCCGCACUGUCGCCGGUCUCGGGAUCGGUGCCAUCUCCAAUUUGAUCCCGAUAUACCUGGCAGAGAUUUCUCCCCCGGCCAUCAGAGGCCGCUUGGUCGGCAUGUGGGAGAUUGGCUGGCAAAUCGGCGGCUUGUACGGCAUCUCGACCACAAUGGCCGAGUCCCACACUCAGUGGCUCAUUCCCUUUGCCAUCCAGCUCAUUCCAGGCGGCUUGCUCACCGUCGGCGCCUUUUUCCUCCCCGAAACGCCUCGGUGGCUGAUCACCAAUGGAAAACGGUCCCAAGGGAUCAAAUCCCUCUGCUUUUUGCGCAACCUGCCUGCCGACCACCCAUACCUGCUCGUCGAAGUUCAAAUGAUUGAUCAGGCGUUGGAGGAGCUGAAAAGUUCAAUUGGCACUAAGUUCUCCGCCCCUUUCAAAGAAGUCUGGCAAAAUAAGAAAAUUGCAUACCGAUUCUUCCUCGGCGGCGCCCUCUUCUUCUGGCAGAACGGGUCUGGUAUCAACGCCAUCAACUAUUACAGUCCGACCGUCUUCCGCAACAUCGGCGUCACGGGGACCAACACAAGCCUCUUAACCACCGGCGUAUUUGGAGCCAUCAAAACCGUCGUGACCUUUAUCUGGAUCUUAUUCAUGAUUGAUCAGAUGGGUCGACGCAACCUGCUCAUGUACGGCGCACUCUGCGGCUCGAUUUGUCUCUGGGUUGUCGGCGGCUACAUCGCGGUGGCCGAGCCGACAGAGCAUCCAACCAACGGCCUCUCGUCCGGCGGGAUCGCAGCCAUGGUCUUUUUCUACCUCUAUACCGUCAGCUAUACGCCAUCAUGGAGUGGCACUCCCUGGGUCGUCAACAGCGAGAUGUUCGAUCAGAAUGUCCGCACCCUUGCACAGGCCUUUGCUGCUUCAAACAACUGGUUGUGGAACUUCCUCGUCGCCCGUUUCACGCCUCAGAUGUUUGCCGAAAUGAAGUAUGGGGUCUGGUUCUUCUUUGCAAGCUUGCAACUCCUUUCGAUUCCCUUUGUCUACUUUUUGCUGCCAGAGACCAAAUCCAUCCCCUUGGAAUGCAUGGAUAUGCUGUUUGACAAGUCUCUCAAGCCUCGCCAUGCACACAAGGAAGUCAUAAACCGUCUCCAAAACACCGGCGAGCAAAUCCAGGUGGACAUUGUUGAGGGAAACGGCACCAAGCAUGACGCCCUCCACGUUGAAAAUGACGCCCUUCACGUUGAAAGGAUGGCUUAG